GCAGCUUUUAUCAGUCAUCACUAACACCAAACCUCACCUCUUUCUCCUCUCUAUCUCAAUCUUGAUCCACUUCUAAUCAUUUUUGGUGAGGAUCUUAUCCCAAACAUUGGCCACCAAUUGCCUUCUGCCCAUGACUGCUAGGGGCAGUGACCCCAUAAGGGGUCGUUUUCGGCCGCAUAUGGCCAUGGCAUUGGCCAUUGUUCUCAUUUCUACUACAGUGGUUUCUGUUGCUGCUGAUGGUUACCCAUACAGUUCUCCUCCACCACCAACUUAUGAGUACAAGUCACCCCCUCCACCCUCUCCUUCACCGCCACCUCCUUACAUUUACAAAUCACCCCCUCCACCACCUUAUGAACAUAAAGCUCCACCUUACGAGUACAAGUCACCUCCGCCACCGUCACCUUCACCACCACCGCCUUACGAGUACAAGUCUCCACCUCCACCUUCCUCAUCCCCUCCACCUCCUUAUGUAUACAAGUCACCACCUCCCCCGCCGUAUGAGCACAAAGCUCCACCAUAUGAGUACAAGUCUCCACCUCCACCUUCCCCAUCCCCUCCACCUCCUUAUGUAUACAAGUCACCACCUCCCCCACCGUAUGAGCACAAAGCGCCACCAUAUGAGUACAAGUCACCCCCACCACCAUCUCCCUCACCCCCACCUCCUUACUACUAUAAAUCUCCACCACCACCCUCUCCCUCACCUCCACCACCUUACUACUACAAGUCCCCACCACCACCCUCUCCCUCACCUCCACCUCCUUACUACUACAAGUCACCUCCACCACCCUCUCCCUCACCUCCACCUCCUUACUACUACAAGUCACCUCCACCACCUUCACCUUCACCUCCUCCACCUUACUACUAUAAAUCUCCUCCUCCACCCUCUCCCUCCCCUCCUCCACCUUACUAUUACAAGUCUCCCCCACCACCAUAUGAGCACAAAGCUCCGCCAUACUAUUACAAGUCUCCCCCUCCACCUUCUCCCUCACCUCCACCACCUUACUACUACAAGUCUCCUCCACCACCCUCUCCCUCACCUCCACCUCCUUACUACUACAAGUCUCCCCCACCACCCUCACCCUCCCCUCCUCCUCCAUAUUAUUACAAGUCCCCACCACCUCCUUCACCGUCCCCUCCACCACCAUAUUAUUAUAAAUCUCCUCCACCACCUUCACCAUCUCCUCCACCACCCUAUUAUUACAAGUCUCCUCCUCCUCCAUCUCCGGUACCUCAUCCACCUUACUACUACAAUUCACCACCACCUCCUGUAAAAUCUCCACCUCCACCAACACCGUACUACUAUCAGUCUCCACCACCACCCAAGUACACUCCACCUCCAUACUACUAUAAUUCUCCUCCUCCGCCAGUUGUAUAUCCCCCUCCUUACCACCACCCAUUGAUUGUGAAGGUAGUGGGUAAAGUCUACAGCUACAAGUGCUAUAAUUGGGAGUAUCCUGAAAAGUCUCAUGACAAGAAACAUCUCAAAGGUGCUGUUGUUGAGGUCAAAUGCAAAGCUGGAAGGAACAUCAUCAAGGCUUACGGUAAAACUAAGAGUAAUGGAAAGUAUGCCAUCACAAUUCCAAACUUUAACUAUGUAAAAUAUGGUUCUGUGGUGUGCAAAGCCAAACUAUAUGCUCCACCUAAAGACUCUCCCUUCAACAUACCUACUAAGCUCAAUGAGGGAACUGACUUGAAGGUAAAAUCUAAAGACAAGUAUGAAGUUGUGCUCAAGGCUAAGCCAUUCGCAUAUGCUUCUAAGAAGCAUUAUGAAGAAUGUGAAAAACCUAAGCCUUCACCAACUCCUUACUACUACAAGUCACCUCCUCCUCCUUCACCGGUUUAUAUAUACAAGUCACCACCUCCACCAUCACCUACUUAUAAGUACACAUCACCACCUCCACCUGUCCAUCAAUAUUCUCCUCCAUAUUAUUACAAGUCACCACCCCCACCAUCACCUGUUUACAAACCCCCAUACUACUACAAGUCACCUCCUCCUCCAACACCAAUUUACAAGUACAAUUCACCACCUCCACCAUCACCAACUUACGUGUACAAGUCUCCACCCCCACCAUCACCUGUAUAUAAACCCCCAUACUAUUACAAGUCACCUCCUCCACCAUCACCUGUAUACCAGCCCCCAUACUACUACAAGUCACCUCCCCCUCCAUCACCAGUUUACUACUACAAGUCACCACCCCCACCAUCACCUGUAUACAAACCCCCGUACUACUACAAGUCACCUCCUCCUCCAACACCAGUUUACAAGUACAAUUCACCACCUCCACCAUCACCAACUUACGUGUACAAGUCUCCACCCCCACCAUCACCUGUGUAUAAACCCCCAUACUAUUACAAGUCACCUCCUCCACCAUCACCUGUAUACAAGCCCCCAUACUACUACAAGUCACCUCCUCCUCCAACACCAGUUUACUACUACAAGUCACCUCCUCCUCCAACACCAGUUUACAAGUAUAAUUCACCACCUCCACCAUCACCAACUUACGUGUACAAGUCUCCACCCCCACCAUCACCUGUGUAUAAACCCCCAUACUAUUACAAGUCACCUCCUCCACCAUCACCAGUUUACUACUACAAGUCUCCACCUCCACCUUCACCUGUGUACAAACCCCCGUACUACUACAAUUCACCACCUCCUCCAACACCAGUUUACAAAUACAAUUCACCACCUCCACCGUCACCAACAUAUGUGUACAAGUCACCACCCCCACCAUCACCUGUAUACAAACCACCCUAUUACUACAAGUCACCUCCUCCUCCAACACCAGUUUACAAGUACAAUUCACCACCUCCGCCAUCACCUGCUUACGUGUAUAAGUCUCCUCCUCCUCCAACACCAGUUUACAAGUACAAGUCACCACCUCCACCUGUCCAUUAUUAUUCUCCACCAUACUACUAUAAGUCACCACCUCCACCAUCCCCAUCACCUCCCCCUCCAUACUAUUACAAAUCUCCCCCACCGCCAUCACCAUCCCCACCUCCACCAUACUAUUAUCAUUCUCCUCCCCCACCUAAAGAAUUACCAAACCCUCCAUACUACUAUAAGUCACCACCACCACCAUCACCAUCCCCUCCUCCACCAUACUAUUAUAAGUCACCACCUCCACCAUCACCAUCCCCUCCCCCUCCAUACUAUUAUAAAUCUCCUCCACCACCCUCACCAUCCCCACCUCCACCGUACUAUUACCAAUCCCCUCCACCACCAUCACCAUCUCCACCACCUCCUUAUUACUACAAAUCACCUCCACCACCAACCCCAUCACCUCCACCUCCAUACUACUACAAAAGUCCCCCUCCACCCUCUCCCUCUCCUCCACCUCCAUACUAUUACAAGAGUCCCCCUCCACCCUCUCCCUCCCCCCCUCCUCCAUACUAUUAUCAUUCCCCACCACCACCAUCGCCUUCUCCACCACCUCCCUACUACUACAAAUCACCUCCACCACCAUCCCCGUCACCUCCACCUCCUUACUAUUACAAGUCACCUCCACCUCCAUCUCCAUCUCCACCACCUCCUUAUUACUAUCAAAGUCCUCCUCCACCAUCUCCCACUCCUCAUACUCCCUACCACUACAAAUCCCCUCCACCACCAACGGCGUCUCCUCCACCUCCUUACCAUUAUGUGAGUCCCCCCCCACCUACAUCAUCUCCACCACCUUACCACUACACAUCACCACCUCCUCCCUCCCCAGCUCCCGCUCCCACAUACAUAUACAAAUCACCUCCCCCACCAAUGAAAUCACCUCCUCCGCCAGUUUACAUUUAUGCUUCCCCACCACCACCUAUCUACAAGUAAGCUCAGAAUACAACAACAGCGUUCCUUAUAAAUCAUGUUUUAGUUUUCAUCAAGGAAUAAAUGCAACCUCCAUUGGGAACAAAGUGCAACAUUUACCUUCCUGUCGAAGUUCUUUGAAUAAAAGUCUGAAAGCCUCAUCUCUAAGCAACAAUAUUUGUGAUUCAGACGAGGUCGAGUCUAUUUCUUUGGUGGCCAUCUUGCACGUCCUGGUCUUGUUGUACUCAAGUGACAUACAAAUCAAAAUGAGGAAGCAGUAUUUGAAUGUAAAUGUCAAGUGAAAGUCAUAAGUACAGUCCACUUUUAGUGAUCUCUUUAAUUUAUUUGUGCAUAGAUGAAUAUGGUCGUGUAUGAUUGCUUUUAUAUUUAUCGUGGCAUUUUUGUAUUGUGUUUGAAAUAAGAGUGUUAGUAACCAAGGAGAACAUUAGAUUUCUAUCCACAACUUAAUUUGUGUUUAUUUCCAA